AUGACAACUUUAUUAAUGUUCACGAUCUCCUUGAAUGCCAUUAUUAGUGCAGUAGUCCCACUACCAUUUCCUGAUUGUCAAAAAGGUCCAUUAGCAGCCUAUCCUAUCUGUGAUGCAUCAUUAUCGUAUCGAGUUCGUGCAAUGGAUUUAAUCAGCCGUAUGACAACAACGGAAAAAAUUACUCAGAUGGUUAAUACUGCACCAGCAAUCGAACGUCUUGGUUUACCGGGUUAUGAAUGGUGGAGCGAGGCUUUACAUGGUAUUGCCUAUAGCCCUGGGGUAUCAUUUGGAGGCGAUUUUCCAUCUGCAACAUCAUUUCCGAUGCCAAUUAAUUUGGGAGCUAGUUUUAAUACUCGUAUUGUUUAUCAAAUAGCACAAAUUAUAUCAACAGAAGCAAGAGCUUUCUCAAAUGCUGGACGAGCUGGUCUGACAUACUUUACCCCUAAUAUAAAUAUAUUUCGUGAUCCGAGAUGGGGAAGGGGGCAAGAAACACCGGGUGAAGAUCCGUUUCUGACAUCACGAUAUGUUUAUGCACUAAUCGAUGGGCUACAAAAGGGUGAUGAUCCAAGAUAUUUGAAAAUUGCAGCUGACUGUAAACAUUUCAACGCGUAUGAUCUUGAGAAUUGGAAUGGUACUGAUCGUUUCCAUUUUGAUGCUAUUGUUACAGAUCAGGAUCUGGUUGAAACAUUCUUACCCCCGUUUGAAAGUUGUAUUCGUGAUGCCCAUGUAGCGAGUAUUAUGUGUAGUUAUAACGCUAUUAACGGAGUUCCUUCGUGUGCAAACACAUUUGAGUUACAAAAGAUCGCACGCGAAUCAUAUCAUUUGGAUGGUUUUGUCGUUUCUGAUUGUGGUGCUGUUGGUACAAUUAUGGACACUCAUCAUUACACAAAAACUGUUCAGGAUACGGUUGCUGUAGCAUUACAUGCUGGAACAGAUUUGAAUUGCGGUGAUUUUUAUUUGAAACAUACCGCUGAUGCUUUAUCCAAUAAAACAAUCGUCGAAGCGGAUAUUGACCAAGCUCUACAACGAAAUUUUGAAGUAUUAAUACGAUUAGGCUAUUUUGAUUCACCUGAUGGACAACCUUAUAGAAAAUAUUCGAAAACCGACGUUAAUACAGAUGUGGCGCAAGUAUUAUCAGUACAAGCAGCUCAUGAAAGCAUUGUUCUGUUAAAAAAUCAAAAUAAUGGAUUACCAUUAAAAGUCGAUACUAUGGCAGGAAAGAAAGUUGCCUUAAUUGGUCCAACUGCAAAUGCUACGAUCUUACAACAAGGCAAUUAUUAUGGUGCGGCUCCGUAUAUUAUUAAUCCUAUUGUUGGUUUCCAAGCUGUAACUGCUGGAAAAGAUAUCGAUGUUCAAUUUGCAUAUGGUUGUGAAAUUGCUGGCACGGACACAUCGGGUUUCGAAGCCGCACUUCAAUUGGCUCGAUCGGCGGACUAUGUUUUUUUUUUUGGUGGUCUUAAUCAAUCGAUUGAAGCUGAAGGUUUAGAUCGUACAUCAAUCACCUUACCGGGCGUUCAGAUGACUUUACUUGAACAAGUGGCAAACAUAAGUAAAGCUCCGAUUCACGUUGUUAUUAUGUCAGGUGGUGGAGUUGAUUUGACAGUUGCACGAGAUUCACCUCGAGUUGAUAGUAUUACAUGGAUGGGCUAUGCGGGUCAAGCGGGAGGACUCGCCAUCGCCAAUGUUAUAUUUGGUUUGUACAAUCCUGCAGGACGAUUACCUGUAACUAUUUAUCCGACUGACUACGUUAAUCAAGUGAGCAUGUUUAAUAUGAAUAUGCGUCCAGGUGAUGCAAAUCCUGGUAGAACGUACAAAUUUUAUACAGGUGAAGCUGUUUAUGAAUUUGGUCACGGCUUAUCUUAUACAACAUUUUCAUAUGACUGGGGACAGCCAUCGAAAAUAUCAGUGAUUGAUAUCACCACUUUGAUGAAAACAGGUUACAAUGAUCGAACAAUAACAGAUACUUAUCGUGUGAAUGUGACAAACACUGGAAUGGUGGCAGGAGACGAUAUCGUUUUGGCCUAUGUGAAAGCAACGAAUUUGCCGAAAUUUAUUCAGCCACCACUAAAACAAUUGUUUGGAUUUGAGAGGAUCCAUUUAAAUGUUGGUGAAACACAAGAGGUGUUUUUUCCAUUAACAAUACGAGUAUUAUUGAGUGUGGGGAAAGACGGUUCAACAUGGUUACAUCCUGGUACAUAUAAAAUCUUUAUUGGAAAUGAUGCUCAUAUAUCGUGUAAGAUAAAAUUAGUUGGGAUUUCAUCAAGAUGGGCGUAA